AUGGCUACUAGAUCCAACCUCAUCGAGCGUCUGUCAACUGCCUCAGCAGCCGACUUGCUUGAACUAUUGGAUGACGAGCCUCUUUUUAGUCUCGCCGCUCGAUACUUUCAAAGAUUCCCUGAAACCAAUUCCGGCACCUUUCAAUCUGCCAGUCAGGCCAAGGAAUCUAUUGCUGAGCCUCCAAAAGACAAAACCAAACGGCCCCUCAACGGCUUUAUGGCCUUCCGCAGCUACUACAUGAAAAUAUUCCCCGACGUUCCACAGAAGUCCGUCUCUGGCUUCCUGACGACUCUUUGGAACCAAGACCCGUUUAGAAACAAGUGGGUGCUGGUCGCCAAGGUCUACUCGUUCAUUCGGGACGAGGUUGGGAAAGACAAGAUUCCUCUCUCGCAGUUCCUGGGAAUAAGCUGCCCUUUGAUGAAGAUAAUUUCACCUUCCGCCUACCUCUCAACCCUUGGUUGGCGUGUGGACAAUCAAAAUGAGAAAGGGCAACACCUUGUCCGCUUCGACCCAGCAGCCAGCAACAACGUGGCAGACAUCCAAUUGCAAAAUUGCCCAAACACAGAGCUGGACCUCCUCGCCUUAGUCCUCGAUUUUGGGUUCCUUCCCGCUGAAAGCUUUGGGCUCAUGCAGAGGAUGGGGGCCAACAGCAAUCCAAUCAUGACUGCGGACACUGGAAACACUACUCAGCACGUUGUUCCCUGCACCAUUGAGAAACUUGACUUUCUGUACACCGUUCAUAAGAACCCAUCCAAGGCGGCAAAGGACCUUUUGGGAGAGCAUUAUGUCGACUGCAUCAUGCAAGACUCGGGGUACAGAGUUUAUGAUGUCCAAGACCUAAAGCAAAUCGACCACAUUUCCAUGGUCCCUCCCAACGAACCAAGCUUCUACCAAUACGGUACAACCCACGCACAUUUCAACAUGAACAAGGAGCCUAUUUUCGAGAUCAGUAACAUUCCAGAUCACAGGUGUUAUGAUAUUAGUAACUCUUAUGACAUGGAUUCUAUUGCCGGCUUUGUGGAGCCGCUUGGGAAGUACACUUACGGGUUUUCUGACGAUAGUCCGCCUUUCUCCGCACAUAAUGAUUUCCAGCUCAUGUUUUGA